AAUAGAGUUGUAUAGGAGAGCAUAGUGUUGUAUAGGAGAGCAGAGGCAUGGCGGAGCAGCAGCAGCAGCAGGGGGAGUUUGACUGCAUCGUGGUGGGAGCUGGCGUCCAGGGCUGCUUCACUGCCUAUCAGCUGGCCAAGAACCACCAGAGGACUCUGCUACUGGAGCAGUUCCUGCUGCCACACUCUCGAGGGAGCUCCCAUGGGCAGACGCGCAUCAUCAGGAAGGCCUAUGAGCAGGACUUCUACACCGUCAUGAUGGAGGAGUGCUACCAGCUCUGGGCACAGCUGGAGAAGGAGACCAACACCACGCUGUUCAGGCGUACAGGUAUCCUGGUGAAGGGUCCUGAGGAUGACGAGGAGUUCCAGCUCUUCACGGAGACGCUGCGGCGGAAUGCCGUUCCCACGGAGACGCUGAUGCCAGACGAGUUCCAGAAGCGCCUGCCCCAUAUGGUGCUGAGGAGUGGGGAGGCAGCCGUCAUAGACACCACUGCAGGAGUGCUGUACGCAGACCGGGCCCUCAAGGCAGCACAGAGCUAUUUCCAGUCUCUAGGUGGUGUGAUUAAAGAUGGGGAGAAGGUGCUGAACAUCCAGCCGGGCUCCAUCGUCACCGUGACGACCGCAUCAGGGGAGUACCGCGCCAAGAGGCUGGUCAUCACCGCUGGACCCUGGGCCAACACCCUGCUCGCACACACAGGCCUGCAGCUACCCCUCUCGGUGGUGAAGAUUAAUGUGUGCUACUGGCGUGAGAAGGUGGCGGGCACAUAUGGCGUGGCGACGCGCUUCCCCUGCUUCCUCCAGAUCGCCUCCGAUGGCGCCGACUACCACAUCUACGGCCUGCCCUCAAACGAGUACCCCGGCCUCGUCAAGAUCUGCUACCACAUGGGCAGUGAUACUGAACCUGACAGGCGGGAUCGUCAGAAGGACCAGACAGACGUCAAUAUUCUCUCGCGAUUCGUGUCCAUAUUCCUUCCGGGCCUGGAACCAGAACCGGCGGUGGUGGAGAGCUGCCUGUACACGGUCACACCGGAUCACCAUUUUGUUCUGGACCGGCACCCGUCUCACAGCAACAUCAUCAUUGGAGCAGGCUUCUCAGGCCAUGGCUUCAAGUUUGGGCCCAUUGUGGGGAAGCUGUUGUGUGAGCUCAGCCUGGGGAAGGUGCCCUCCUAUGACCUUUCACCUUUCAAAAUACAACGCUUCCAAGGUCACAUGAAGGCUUCCCUGUGACCUUUGAACUGUGUUUGUGUGCGUGUGCGUGUGACUGUGUGUGUGUGUGUGCGUGUGUGUGUGUGCUCUGUUUCUUUGGUCAUUAUCAAAUGAAGUCUAUCGCUCUCUCUCUCUCUCUCUCUCUCUGAGUCACACACACACACAUACACACACACAUUCACGCAGACAAACACACGCACAGACACACGCGCCCACGCGCACACAUACACACACACAAACACAAGGACACGCACGCAUGCACGCAUGACACACACACACACAUCAGAAAUAACGAGACGUAGAGGAAUCAUUUUCACAACCAGACAAUAAAGGCCUCUACAAUUGAAAUGAAUUAUGACAAUAAUUGAUGUCUCUUUGAUAAAUACCAUUGAAAACAUUAAAGUCUUUUCAUGUUAA